GUUCAGGAAGUAUCCGUGGUCAGCUAUAGCUCUGGGAGCUCCAGGCCGGUCUGCCAUCCCGGUUUCUGUUCCGGUGCAAAGGCUGCUUCCUCAACUCUGUUGACCUUGUAAGGAAGGAAGGUCAGCUUCACAGGGUGAUCUUCCCUCACUUCCUGCAGGGUUCUGGGAACCAGGACAUCCCUGGGAAAGAUGGCAGGGAAUACCUUCCUGCAGGCUGUUGUCUCUUCUUUCUCUACCUGUCAGCAAAACUAUUUUGCUCUUCAGGUUGGAAAGAUGGGAUUAAAGUGCAGGAUCAUUCCCCCAGCAGUCACUGGGUCACCAAAGUUUGAGAGAAUGUUUCGUGCACAGCAAGACUGUGUGGAGCUUUAUCCUGUGUUCUUGAUUACAUUGUGGAUGGCGGGAUGGUACUUCAAUGAAGUUUUUGCCGCUAUUUUGGGACUGGUGUACAUAUAUGGCCGUCACAAGUACUUCUGGGGAUAUGCAGAAGCUACUGAAAGAAGAUCACCAACAGUUCCAGUGACGCAGUUUAAAUGUUGGCCAGAAUAUCUAUCAGCACCAAGUCAUUCAACUUCAAUUAGGCAUUUGAAUGAAGCCCUUCUUUCUGAUUCCCAUAACAUUUCCAGACCAGCCAAGUGAAUGGAAAUGUCACCUGUGGAACACCAGUCAAUGUUGUAAAGGGCUGGGAGGAGCACAAAAAUAGAUUUUUCUACGGCUCUGCUAAUGAUUAAGUCUAUGGGAAAAAGAAAAAUAGUUCUUUUUCCUGGACAUUUAAAGAAGAUGCAGCACAGGAGCUGAUCGAUAUUAUAAGCAAAUUUGAUCCCAUCUGGAACUGUGAUGAGAAACCAGCUGAGAACAGUCUAACCUUGUUAAGCCUGGCACCUUGGCAGAUAACUGAAGCAUGUUUUUGUCUUCCUGAUGGGGUUAUUGAUUUCUGGGCAGCAAAUACGUCUCCAUAUUUUCUUCCUUUCUUUAAGAAAUAAAAUUAUGGGGAUUUUGAUUAUGACUUAAGUUUUUGUGGCUUCUGAUCAAUAUGAGGCUACACUGAAAAAUGAAACAGUACUAAGGGGAAACUGAAAGAUCUAAAAACUUAAAUCCCUAGAAGCAUUUCAAUUUUUUUAAGCUUAAUUAUAUCCAAGUAAUUUUUGGAAAAAAAAAAAUCAAACCCUCAUGGUCAAACACUGGAUGGUAGUAUCUCCUUCAACUUGUAAUCUUGUUAUAAAGUUUUGUGACCUUCACCACUGAAUUUGUAUCGACUGCAUGGCCAAUCAGAUCGUGAAAUGAGUUAUUGAGUUGUUUACAAAAAAUUUAAGGGAAAAAUAUUGCUGACUCAGAGAUUGAUUGGAUAGACUCAGAUUAUAUAAACAGACUGAUGGAGAGGACGGCUGGACACAGAUUAGAGGACUUUCAUAAUUUGGACAUUUUAGUUUUAUAUUUAUAAUGGAUGUUGAUGGACCGAGUAUUGUUUGGACUAAUUUUGUGAAUGGGAAAUAGGUUCCUUUCUUUAGAAGGCAGAAAUGUUGAAAUGCCCUUUAACAGGUAGUGAAACAUUAUUCAAAGCCAACUAUUACUUUUACUUAGCAUAAAUGACGGCACCAUCUAGAUGCAAUUCUUAUUUUUAAGAAAAGCAUUUAAAUAUCAGCAAUCAGCACAAUAUUUUCAACCUGAGCGAAAUAUAAAGCUUUCUAUUAGCCCAGUUUUAUGCCUUCCGUUAUUUUAAACAUACAAAGGAAAAAAAUUCAAAUGCAUCCAAAGAAUUAAUUGUUUUUACCCGAUUACUAAGUGGGUUAAACAGACUACUUUUUCUUUUUGUCUAAAACAGAUAUUAUUGUGAGACACUGUAGUCACAUUAAUUUUCUUGUCUGUUGGUUAACAUCACAAUGUCAGCGAAAAUCUUCCAUAUUCAAACAGAGAUGGCAAUAUGAAGUUUUUUUUCCCUAAAAGUUUCUAUGUUCUAUUUUCAUUCACAAUUCUAUAUUUGUGGAAAAGAAGCAUUUGGUAUGGAUGAUCACUCAGAGGCAAGGAACUCAACAGGAAAAAGGAUGGUCAUUAAGACCUUUACACUUCGUGGUGGUUACGAGCAUGGUGUAAUAACCAUGCAAGUAAUUCCUAAUAGAGCUUCUCUCUGAGGACUGUAUUUAUUAUCUAUCAAUUUACCAUCUUCCCAGGAACAUAACAUCACACUAUCUAGGGAUCCUGGAAAAUAGUGAACAUAGCAAAAAAAUUAUUAUAUCUCAGAGCAAUCAGCUCAGGGGCCCUACUAACUUUUAACCUAGACUCAAAGCAUUCAGAAGAGUCAUAUAAAUACAUA